AUGUUCGCCUGCAGGGAUGCCAUCAUCUCAGUCAAGAGUUCAACAUUGAAUUUAGAGCCCUUUGGAAUCCCCAUCAGAAAUGAGUGCGAGGUCGUCCUCUCCAACAUCAACCACAGCCUGUCUGGCAUCUGGGAGUGCCAGGUGACCAGUUCCCGUGGCAACAGGUCCAGACAGAUGGAGAUCCUUGUGUUGGAGACGUCAGCACCCUACUGCUCAGCAGACAGGGUCAACAGCAACAAGGGGGACUUCAGGUGGCCAAAGACCCUGGCAGGGAUACUGGCCUUCCUGCCCUGUGCUCCAUCCACAUUUGGCUAUGCCCCCCACCCUUCUGGUGCCGCUUCACACCACCGCACUCAGAGGGAGAAGAAGGCCUGGCGACGCUGUGACCGGGCAGGCCGGUGGGCAGAGGAUGACUAUACCCAGUGCCCAUAUGCCAGCGAGGUGACUCGCAUACUGCAUGAGCUCACCCAGAUGACCAUCAACACCAGCAAUGCCCAGCCGUUAGCCCAGCAGUUGGUAGCCUUCACCAGCAGGGCGGGGGACUUCAGCGAUGUGAUGGAUGUCAUCUUUGUCACACACCUGGUGGAGAGGCUGACUCGCCUGGUGGACCAGCGUAGAGAACUAGGGGACUAUAUCUCUGACAUAGCCAGUAACAUGAUGCUGGUGGAGGAACACAUCCUGUGGAUGGCUCAGAACGAGGCCAGGGCAUGUACACGCAUUGUCCAGUGUGUGGAGCGCAUCGCCGACCUGGCUCUCACCAUAGACACGCAGGUCAUAUCAAAGGUGUCCCCAAACAUAGCCAUGGAGGCCUUUCUGAUCAGGCCGUCUAACUUCCGGGGUCUUUCGUGUAUGGCAGUACAGAGAGCCCCCCUGCCACCCUUCUCUGGUCAGAGGAACCAGGAUGCCAUCGGGGACACGCUGCUCAACUUCAAAUGUCACACGGUCAACGGCGGCGGCUCCCCCGCCAGCCAACUCAGCAAGUGUAUUCUGUGCGACUGA